UAAAAAUGUGUAAUCAUGGAUUAUUAAUCUAAUGUUUAAUAAAGGUAAUAAAUAUCAUCUUAAAACGAUGUUUUCGCACACUGUCGGAAGUAUUUCGUAGCAGGAACCAAACAGGAAACAGAUGCUCGCCGCAGUUCGUCAUUGGGCUUACCAGGGCGCCUCUGCUGGGUUCACUUUGCAUAAACAAAUUCUGUACAUGUUCAGUGAUUUUAAACCAAUGUCAAUUUUGACCAUAUAAUAGAAGCAAUGAACGGAACUACAAAUCCGCUUUUGGAUAAAGAGGAGCAUGUGUUGAAGCUUGGAGAGAGCUUUGAGAAGAAGCCCAAAUCGUCCUUCCAUACAAUCAGAUACGAUUUCAAACCAGCUUCUAUCGACACCAGCUGCGAGGGAGAAUUGCAGGUCGGAAAGGGGGAUGAAGUUACCAUAACGUUGCCACAUAUUCCAGGCUCCACACCCCCCAUGACGGUGUUCAAAGGGAACAAGCGGCCCUACCAGAAGGACUGUGUCCUCAUCAUCAACCACGACACGGGGGAGUUUGUGCUGGAGAAGCUCAUCAGUAGCAUCCAGGUCAAGAAAACCAGGGCAGAGGGCAGCAGUAAGAUACAGGCCCGUAUUGAGCAGCAGUCGGUGCGGUCCAACCAGCCCAGCUCCCAGUUCCGGGCCCCCACCAAGCCUGGGGCUGGAGUUAAGACCUCCCCCUCCCCCUCUAAGGACAACCCCUCUCCAGAGCCCCAGCUGGAUGACAUCAAGAGAGAGCUGCGUGCGGAGGUGGAGGUCAUCGAGCAAAUGAGCAGCAGUGGCAGCAGUUCCUCGUCGGACUCGGCCAGCGGCGACGACAGCUCCAGCAGUGACGGUGAACACGACACACAACCUCCGUCCGCGCCAUUACCACAGCCACCGCCCCACCCCCACGCCUCCCCCAACCCAAACCCGCUGGCCAACGGGGCCCCUGACCGGCAGCAGGGCACCAACCAGCUCAUGAGCACACUCCGAAAUGAUCUGCAGCUCAGUGAAUCAGGCAGCGACAGCGAUGAUGAUUGAAGUUAUAGCCCCGCCCCCACCUUAUCUCUUUUCAACUGUAACGCCAGUUCCAUUAUUCCAAUGCUGUGGUAACAGACUUUUAUUUUAUUUAGUAUUCCCCUCAAAGCUGGCCUACUUGGAUAUUUUACAGUGUAUUUUUUACUACAUGUAUAUUUUUUGCUUUGUAUGAAAGAGAAAAGACAGUCCAGAAGAUUAUCAUUUUAAGGUUUUUAAGUGUGCCCUUUGUGGCCCCCUACCUCCCUCUGAUCCAGAGAACCUCAAAGGUGUAAUACUAAUUAUGCCUUCAGUUGAUAGGAAAUGUCUAGGCAUAGCACACUUAAAUGUAUUGCUGUGACGAAGAUGCUCUGUAACAGGAGUUCAUUUUAUAAAGGGGCAUGCAAAAAUCGAGCCUUCUGCCAUUUGGAAAUUGAUCACAUUUUCAAAUGUAGAAAAUGUCCAUUUGAAAAUAUUACAAACCAGCGAAAAACACAGAAAAUAGGCUUUAGAGACGACCUGAACCUAAAAGAGAGAGAUUAGAAUCGCUGAACAACACCUAAUACGUAUGAAUCGGUCUCUGAAAUGAAUGUUUCCACGGUGGACAUCUGAGCUCUGUGAUCGCCCCCUCCUGAAGCCUGUCCCAGCCCACUCUGAAGCACUUUCCAUUUGUUUUCCCCUUUUGUACUUUCAACCACCAAGGAAGCUAUAAACUAUGCUAGGCCUGAAAUAGCGACACGACCCUCUGCCAUACCAAACAACAAGAGCCACCCUGGUGGUAGAAUUGGUUUCAAAGCAUGUUCAACAAGUAUUCUUUCUGUUUGUCUCGGUACGACUAAUGUUCUGCCUGUAAGUGUUGUUUGUUAUAGGUUUUCUAUGACGUAAAAUGUCCACUUAUAUAUCUGGAGUUCCGUAACAAAACGCAGUGUUCGUUUAUUAGGUCAUCGUUGAAUUCAGAGUGAAUGAAGUGAUUCUCCCUUUGGCUCUUAACCAAACUGAGUUUGUUCAUCCACCGAGCUGAGUGAAACAGUACACACACACACACACACACACACACACACACACACACACACACACACACACACACACACACACACACACACACACACACAUCCGUCCUCCACCAGUCUAAAUCCUUCUGUCCAUUUAAAUCUCACAACAGUAAUGUUUUUUUCAUGGCAAGCGAAGAACAAUGUAAGAGAAGGAGUCUAAAGUAUUCAGGUUCAGAAAACAUAUAUGUAACGAUGAACAGAUAUUAACAAUCAAACUACGGCACAUAAAGCAAGUAUGAGCUACCUAAACUAACAAACCGGUAUUGUCUUUCAAUGGUCGUCUCAUUCUUACAAUCUUCAACUUGGAUUGGGACUCAAAUUUAGUUCUUUCAAAAGUAAAUUCAACUGGAAAGCUGCAGGUAGCCAGUCAUGAUUUAGACUUUAGCUUUUUUUACACCUUGUAACUAAGUUAACAUGCAGACACUUUACUGUCCCUUACUGUUUGUCUGUGAUUUCAAAACAUUGUUUGUUGACCUCUUGUAUUGUGAAUUAUACUUGAUGUUUUUUUUAUUCGUAACUUGUUUGUAAGAUAGAAUUUUUUGAAUUGUAUUAAGAGUUUGCAUCAAUUUCAAUAAUGUGUUGUGUCUGUUAGGUGUACGGGCAGUCUUGCACCGUCUUGUCUGCUGGAAGCUGCACAGUACAACCACUGCCCUCUGGUGGUAGACUGUCGGAACUGCAAAACAUUUCAUAAGCCAAGGGAGUUUAAAUGCUUCGAUAAUUAAUUCAGUUGAAGGUGAUUGGCAAGAAUAAUAACGACAGAUGAUCUCAUGAUGUGAUAACAAAUUUAAAAUCUGGACUGACAUACAAGCCUACAGCAAGUUUAUAAUUUGAUUCCCAGACAAAUCGUAAUUAUUCUGAUUAAAAUAGCAAUCAAUAAAAUCCUUUCAGAUUUCCAAAAAUGACUGACCCAAAUCUUAUUUUUAUAUAUACAGGGGCUUAGAAUGGUGAAUAUUUGGGUUUAAAUAAAAAAGUAGCUUACACAGACAAAAAAAAACGAAAAAAGGAGACAACAAAGUGUAGGAAGACAGAACGGUGAUAUUCGAUGAAUGGUUAUAUCGUUGGUCUUAAAUAAGAAUAGCUUGAAAUCAAGUGACGCGGGUGCCUGGAGGAGCACGCUCCAAUUACCAAUGAUAGCAAACACCCUGGACACUGAGUACGCCGCCACCACCAACUCACAGUUUUACACAUUUCUCUUCAAACGGUCAACACAAAAAACGAGAAAUACAUAAAUAAGCAUUUUUUUCCCUUUAAAUCAUUUAUAGCACAAUUUAUAUUUAUGAUUCUGAAAUUCUUGAUUGAAUCUAAAUUAACAAAGUCAACAAACAAAAUAAUUAUAACAAAAAUAAUACAAAAACGGCUGACUGGCUUUGAUAUAAAUCUGGUUGAUGUGCGGUAUUGAAACGAGACCCCGAUGGAGGGGGCGUCCGAAUGCGUCGCACUUUGGAACCCCUGCGGUGCAACGUGGUCGCCUGUUUCAGUGUCCAUCCAUGAUGACUGAAUGAGCGGUAAGGCAGCCCUGCUGGCUCACAGCAAAGAGUCCACCGGGCACAGCUCUCUUCCUGAGGGUUUAUGGCAGCUUGCUUUCCCCGUCGGCGUCCCGUUCUCCGGUCAUCACGCAAGGGACCCUGAGUUUUAUAUUUAUCUUUCUUUCUUGUCGGAAGCUUUCCGUCUCGAUACACGUUACAGGACAGCGAAGUGACAACCCUCCGUCGCGAGUCGCGACUACCACCGGCAAUGGCGCACGAGUUGCCCCCUUGUGUUUGUGUCAUCGCAGUACAAGUGGUGCUGGGGGGGGGGGGUCAAUUUCUCCCUAGUCUCUCCACAGCAUCUCUCUCCACAGUCUCUAUCCAUGAUAGCACCAUGAACCAUCCUCCACCCGCCUAAAUUCUAUAACGGUCAUAUUUGUUAAUAUUUUGAGGGGUUUAUUUAAGAUGUUAUGGGAUAGGCUACUGACCGCGCCUGCCGUUGUUGGCGCCAAUUUAAUUUUAGACCACGCCGUUCUAAUUUCUGACCAAUCAAAGCAUAUGAUUCCUGAUUGAUUCUUCGAUCCCACCUCAUCUGUGAAUCCAAGGUAUGUAAAAUGGCAAGGAAAUGAAAAAAAAAAAAAAAGCGAAGGCAAGAAAGGAGCAAAGAGAACGGGAGUUUAUUUUAAAAAGACUAAAACGAAUUAUUUCAAUUUCGUAGCAGC